GCACGUUGACGUAGUUAGGGGGCAUUGUUUGAAGAGCAGGGGGGUGCGUGCCACAGUUGUCUAGAUAUAAACUCGCCGAGAAUUUUCUUUAGCCAUAAUUCAAGUCUAAUUACUAGCAACACUUGAAUUUACGUUUAUCAAAUAAUUAUAUAUAGCGGCCAUGUAUUAGCAACAGACACGUACGAGUUUGUGUUGUAACAAAGCUGAAGUUGGACAGCUAACGUUAGCUAGCGCUACUUCCUCCAUCAGACUAGAAAUGAGUGUUAAUGUUAGCUAUAAUUUAUAAUUGAUCCAACAUCAGUCUUUUUCGUUAUGUAAGUAGUUAGUUAGUUCAAGUAAAGCACAAGUUUUGCUUAAACUCACCAUUGUGAGAAUAGUCAGGCUAACGUUACUGCUGUAGCUAGUUAGCACCAGAUGAGGAAAGAGAACUGAAUUGUCAGGCGGUUAAACAUUUUUGACGUUCAUAUUUUUUUUAUUCACCAUAAACUGGUGUUUUAGGUUAAUACUUAGCACCGCAAGCAUAUCGUUUAAUUAAGGUGGCUAGCUUUAUGUAGUGUUUUUUUUCACGUGUAACUAAGAUUGUUCUAGCAGGAAGUAUAGUAACCUUAAGAGAAUAGCUUGGUAGAAAAUGGAGUAAAGUAGCUACAGUAGUCCAUCCAUUGAAAGCAAAAGUAACGUUAGCUUGUUAUCCUUUUGGAGGCUAGCUUUAUAAAUCGGGAACCCCACAUCUCAUUUGUUUCAGGUUGUGGCAAAAAAAACGUUUCUCAAAUAACUUUGUAUAGACCGCUAGCAAGUUAUGACAAUCCCUUUAUGUUGAAAACUAACGUUAGCUGGCUAGUUUGCUGCUAGCUUCCGACCGAAUGCUGCUACCGAUUGCAUAGCUUUCUAGACAGCUUGCUAGCGUGUCACUUUCCCAAUUGCAUCCUAAAGAUGUCGAACGCCAUAAACGAAGGUCUGUUCUUGAUAAAAGACGUGAAGCCUGGAUCGAAAAAUUUAAAUAUCGUAUUCAUUGUUUUGGAAAUAGGGCCAGAGGAACAAUUGAGUCGAUUGUGCAACUUAGUGCAAACAUGUCAUCGACGGGUAACCAAGACGAAGGAUGGCCAUGAGGUGCGUUCCUGCAAGGUAGCGGACAAGAGCGGAAGCAUCGCCAUCUCUGUCUGGGACGAGCUGGGCAGCCUCAUUCAGCCUGGGGACAUUAUCCGGCUGACCAGAGGCUACGCCUCCAUGUGGAAGGGCUGCCUGACCCUGUACACUGGAAGAGGUGGAGACCUGCAGAAGAUCGGAGAGUUUUGCAUGGUGUAUUCCGAAGUGCCUAACUUCAGUGAGCCCAACCCAGAUCUGCUAGCCCAGAACAACCAGCAGAACAAGACUGGCAAAUCGGAUCAGAGGGGGAAUUCUCCGCCUAAUCAGAAUUCAGGUACACCUGCUCAGUCAGGUAACGGUGCCAUGAUACCAUUUGUCAACAACAACAGUUCUCCCUCAACUCCUCGUGACCCUGUCUUUGGGGGUGUGGGGAGGACUAACGGCCGUUCCCCUGGCAGCACAGCUCCUCCAAUGUCCGCUGUGGGACCUCCCAGUGCCCCCAAGCCUUCGGUCACUAUUAGCAAUGGCAGGGACCCCCGGCGUGCCAAGAGAUGAAACAUGGCAUUAGGGACAUCUUUCCCACGACCUCUUAACCCCCCACUCUCUCCUUUCCAUCUACCUUUUGAACAUGCCAAACCUGGCAUUCACAACAUUAUCACUGAAAAAGACUAGUUUCUGAUCUGCAGCUUAUACUGGUUAACCUAGGCGACGUUGUCUUUCUCUAGUUGAGCUAAUCUUUGUUGGUUAUGCUGUCAAUUGCAUAAAGCACCUCACUGAAUAAUUGUGACCUAAACAUGAACACAGUAGCAGGACUUGCAAAGCUCUGGACAUAAAGUAAGUUUACCCACUUCCACCACCAUAAUUGCCAAUUUUGUGCCAAUGUUAUUGACAACCCUCCCUGUGCCUCCCUCUCGCCCAUCUUGUUGGCUGAAACUAUACACCCUACUUGACCACUAGAUGCAUUCACUUUGACUUAGAGAGAAGAAAGUGCAUCACUAAUUUGAUUAAGUAACAGAUUACUGCUGAUGGGGAAAGCCUUAUGUAGGCGAAACAACUUUUUGGACAGAAUUAACUAACAAAACCCCCCUUGGAAGGAUCACAACUCCCUUCUCAACCAAAACAUAUCAAAAGUGACUGAAAAGAAAGGUGAUAGUUUGAUUUUUAAUGGUAGGUCAAUUAGAUUUAGUUGAGAAUGGCUACAGUUUUCUUGAGGACUAGUUUAUUUGCUGUCCAGUUUUGAACAAUACAUUUGUUUAGGUGGGAACACUUAAGAGGUUCACCCAAAUAUAUUUUACUGACAUUUUGAUUUCUGUUUAAUCUCUGAGAUAGAUGGUGAAGUAGCUAAUGAGUGCAAUAAAUAAUAUUGUCACAUUUAA